AUGAGCGACUUUGGUUCUUACGGCGGCGCCGACGAGGAGUAUGCCUCGGUGCGCAAGUACAAUGCCUUGGUGGAAGCCGACUCGGACAGCUUCGAAAACUGGGAAAACCUCGUCAAGGCGUGCGAAGCCCUUGACGGUGGUCUGAACCGCAACUCCAGUCCUCAAGCGCUUGCGACCUUUCGCGACGCCUACGACCGAUUCCUUCUCAAGUUUCCUCUGCUCUUCGGCUACUGGAAGAAAUAUGCCGAUCUCGAGUUUAAUAUCGCGGGACCCGAAUCUGCCCAAAUGGUGUACGAAAAAGGAUGCGCCAGCAUUUCCAAUUCUGUCGACUUGUGGACAGACUACUGCUCCUUCACCAUGGACACUACUCAUGAUCCACAGAUCGUCAGAGAACUGUUUGAGCGGGGGGCCUCAUGCGUCGGGCUAGAUUUUAUGGCCCACCCCUUCUGGGACAAGUACAUCGAGUAUGAGGAGAGGCAGGAGGCGCAAGACCGCAUAUUUGCGCUUCUGGUCCGCAUCAUUCGCAUUCCUAUGCACCAAUACGCACGCUACUUCGAUCGCUUCCGCGCUCUCGCUCACACAAGGCCGCUGAUCGAGGUCGUGGACGCGGAGACGCUCGCCAAGUUUCAGGCUGAGAUAGCCACUGAAACGCCUGGUCAACGCCCAGAGAUCGAUGUGGAACGUGAUGUGCGAGGCAAGAUUGACGGCAUGUACUUUGAGGUGUUUCAAUCCACGCAAAACGAGGUUUCGAAGCGAUGGACAUACGAAUCAGAGAUCAAGCGUCCAUAUUUUCACGUCACGGAGCUUGAAAAUGCUCAGCUGAGUAACUGGCGCAAAUACCUCGACUUUGAGGAGGCGGAAGGCGACUACAGUCGCAUCGUCUGCCUGUACGAGCGCUGCAUGACGACAUGCGCGUUCUACGACGAGUUUUGGUUCCGCUACACGCGGUGGAUGGCUUCACAAGCUGAAAAGGAGUCGGAGACGAGGAACAUCUUCAUCCGCGCAGCCACAAUGUUUGUGCCGUUGAGUCGGCCAGGCAUCCGCAUGCAGUGGGCCUACUUUGAAGAGAGCACCGGCCGGGUCGGCGUGGCGCUGGCCAUCCACGAGGCUAUCCUGAUGAAGCUGCAGGACUGCACUGAGGUCAUCAUUUCGUGGGCCAACAUGGAACGCCGGCAAAACGGAGUGGACGCUGCCAUUCAGGUAUACAAGGAUCAGAUUGACGCACCGACGGUUGACGUGUACACCAAGGCCGCGCUGGUGGCCGAGUGGGCGCUGUUGGUGUGGCGCGGCAAGGGAUCGGCGGAGGACGCGCGGGCCAUUUUCGUUAAGAACGUGCAGUGGUACGCGGACAGCCGGCACUUUUGGGACAAGUGGUUCGAGUUUGAGCUCAACCAGCAGGUCGACGGGCAGAGCGCGCCGGACCAGGCAGAGCGCCUACAUCACGUCUUUGUGGAGCUCCGCAGCAAGAGCCGACUGUCGGCGGCGUCGAAGAUGGAGCUGGCACAAGCGUACAUGAACUACUUAGUGCAGCAGGGCGGCAAGGAGGCGAUGAAGACGUUCUUGGAGGUGGACCGUGAUAUGUUUGGUCCGGCCUCGGUGCGCACCAAAUCGUCGACAGAGGAGAAUGGAGCUCAGCCGGUUGGAGAGCUGGACGGGACGAGCCGGCGCAAGGCCGAGACACAGUGGCUCAAGUUCUACGAAGCGCACUUUGAGCCGUUGGCAGAGGCGCAGGGGACGGCAGAUUUCAAUUGA